CAGCAGCUUUCAAGCAUCUGCUAUUUAUUACACCGGGGCCAGAUCUGCACAUGAACAGCCCAGUCUGGAAGCUGCGAGGCAGAGCGAGACUGAGGGAACCUCUCUGAGAACUCUUUAGAAGCUCACGCCUUUCUAAGAUGCCACGAUCUUUCCUGGUGAAAAAACACCUCAGUCACAAGAAACCCAACUACAGCAUGCUGGACUCUGAGAAACGAGAUCCACAAACACAGACGAUCCACAGACCGUCGUCCUGCUCCAAACCCAACCUCCUCCACCUGAAUGAAAGGCUGCAGCCUGGCUCAAUUCCUGUGAACUCAAGCAUGAGCUCCACAGUGCAGCUGAACUCACUUCAUCCUGUGAUUCAUCCACAGCCUCCUCAGGACCCCGACCUGCCCGGAGACGGCCCCGCUCCGGGCCACACUUACCCCCUUCCAGCGAGUCACAACCCCUUCAGAAACCCGCAGCCCGGCCUGACCCUGCUGGAGGCCGCAGCGCUGCCACAGCCGCUGGAGCACAACCACAGCGCGAGACACGUGGAGGACGGCGGGGUCCCCAGUGUCACCGUGUCCCUGUUAGGACUAACCUCCACAGGCAGCAGCCAGGAGCGCUUUGAGUGUUUUGACUGCCACAAAGCCUAUUUCACCUUCUCUGGCCUGGCCAAGCACCGGCAGCUUCAGUGCGAGUGGCAGUGUCAGAAAUACUUCAGCUGCAAGUACUGCGACAAGGAGUAUGUGAGCCUGGGGGCUCUGAAGAUGCACAUACGCACACACACACUGCCCUGCGUGUGUAAGCUGUGUGGGAAGGCCUUCUCCAGGCCCUGGCUUCUACAGGGACACAUACGCACACAUACAGGUGAGAAGCCGUUUUCCUGCCCUCACUGCAGCCGAGCAUUCGCUGACCGCUCCAACCUGCGAGCACACCUGCAGACACACUCGGACAUUAAAAAGUACCAGUGCAGAAGCUGCUCCAAGACAUUCUCCAGGAUCUCCCUGCUGUCCAAGCAUGAAGAGGCCGGCUGCUGCCCGAUGUCCUGACUCUGUGCCUUAAGAUCUGCGCUGCAUAUAAGCCAUGGCUUCUCUCAGAGACUCCUUAACUGCAGGCCCAUCGGAGGAGACCGGAGGAGACACUGGGAAGGAGCACAGAGUGUGUGUGUGUGUGUGAGAUACAGGAAGUCCACACAUCAUGUAGUUGCACUGUUAGAACCUGUUGCUGAGGCACUGUUGUGUUUUAAACUGUGUAGGUUCAUUACAGACUGAGUAGCAGGCGUGAGUUUUCGUGCUGAGUGACGGAGGAUGCACUGGACGUGUUGCAUGCUGCAAAAAUCGUACUUGAAAUUCAAUGUUUUUGUUGUUAUUCGUGAUUAUACAUCAUCUGAACCUGUACUGAAUCUUCAGGCUAAGAUUUUGUAUGAGUGACUUUUUUAAAGGGAACAAUAAAAAAUAGUUUUGUA